AUGCUCCCCAAACAUACCAUGAGAGCGGCUCUCCUAGCACUGCUACUACAGCCUACACAAGCACAGUUCAGCAACUGGGCGGAUGACCAAAUAAACACAACAAUAUGUACCUGGACUGAGCCCAGAGCCGCUCUCAUCCGGGACAAAAUAUACCUUGAUGGAGGCGACAUCGUGUGGUUACCAGGACUGAAGGACGGGUCGAACGGGCCGGCUGUAGACUAUGGAAACUUCCAAGGGAUCCUUCUGACGUACAACCUGAGCUAUGCCUUCACUCCUGAUACGAACGUCACUGGUCUCCUGGUGCAAGACAAGCUAUCAAAAGCACCGGGAGGGCUUGGGCAGACCAAUGGCGAUACACCAAACUACGUCGAUGGCGCCCUCCUUGCCAACGACGACGAAUUCUUUUCUUAUGGCGGUUUGCCUCUAGGCGAUAACCUGCAAUAUGCAGAUCCGGCCAAAGACGACCUUUUGGUCUACCAGGCCUUCCAGUACGGAGCCGAAAAGCCUCUCUUUGAGCCAGGAUUUCAUAGGCUGGACAAUUUACCAAAGAGCGUCAGCCAGUAUGUGACCUUUGGAGGUGCAGCCAACGCUCCCUCUGAGAACUUGGCCUGGUACUUUUCAGGGUCGACGUCCCCAUCUGGCGGAUCCAUCUUUACCAAUUUCAACGACACCACGAGGCCAUCAAAGAUCAGCAACUCUCUCAUCACACUGAAUAUGACAACACAAGGAGCUGAGACAUGGAGCAACAAGUCUUUGCCCAGCUCGAUCAAGGGCCGUGCAAGCUCUGAGCUCGUCUGGGUCCCCGUGGGCGCCAAAGGCAUCCUCGUCGCUCUUGGAGGUGUCGUUUUCCCUGAAUACGCCAAUUCAACUCAUAGGUCACAAGAUGCCAAAGCAAGCAGAUCUCAAAGCCCUGCGUUUAUGCGCGACAUCGAUGUCUACGACGUUGCUGGCGACAAGUGGUAUACGCAACCAACCGAAGAUGGACCCAGCACGCGAGCUCGUGGAUGUGCUGUCGUGGCCACUGCGUCCGACAGUUCCAGCUUCAACAUCUACUACUAUGGCGGCUAUGAAGGCAUUGAUGUUACCGAGCCUUUUCACGACGAUGUCUGGGUCCUCUCCCUACCGUCCUUUACGUGGACUCAGAUCAACAAUGGCACGGAAUCUCACGCGCGAGCAGGGCACAAGUGCUUCACUCCGUACCCCGACCAAAUGAUGGUCAUCGGCGGCUACACACCCGCUCCCGGCACAACUAUAUCAUGUCUCGAGGACGGACCUAUAGUCAUGUUCAACCUCACCAGUGGAGAAUGGAUGGACUCUUACGAUCCUACUGUCUACGGCGAUUACGGCGUCCCUGACAAGGUUCAAGCCGUCAUCGGAGGCACAGCGUCGGGCGGUGCAACAGCUACGCAACCUGCUGCCUCUGGCUGGGCAAACCCGGGCCUUGGCAAAGUGUUUGAUACGGCGUAUGAUCAGAAGAAGAUUACGACCUACUGGCCCUAUCCAGCGAUUCAGUCGGCCCAUGCCCCCGCACAGCCAACGCCAACUCCCCCGUCAAAAUCAGGCGGACUACCAUCGUGGGUAGGACCGGUCCUGGGAGUUAUUCUGGGCCUCAUUGCCCUUACCUGCAUUAUCGUCUUGUUCUGCCUUUGGCGGCGACGAAAGAAUAUCGGAAACCGCUCAACGACCAACACCAGCGAUGAAGCCGGUCACAGAAUCCUCUCGUGGAUCCGAGGACAGCCUGCCGCGAACAAGGCACCGACGGAAACCACCACCGAAGUGACACCAGGGAGCCCCGAGAUGCGUGAUUACGUACACCCCAGUUUUACGCCGUCGAAUUCGGCCUCGGUACCCCCUGAGCAUCACGAAAUGGCCGAUACGCAGUUGGUAGAGCUUCCUGAUACGACUCGAGUUGAGCUCCAAGAUACGGGGCUAUCGCCGAUGGACAUUCGCGAGCGUUACUCUCACUGGUUCCCGGGCAGAACCGACGAUGGCUUGCCCAGCCCAACUAGAAGCUCACUUCAAAGCACGUCUGCGCGGAAUACGGUCUCCCCCAUCAAAGACCGAAACAGCGACUCACAUACGGCGAUUUCGAGCGGCCUCCCUUCUCCCCCGCUACCAGAAGGCGGCGAGAACGACGAAAAGUCUCUGCUGCCUACCGCUGAGCCAGCAGCCACGCCGGCAGCUGAUGUGAUAUCACCGUCGACGGAUGAAUCAGCUGGGUCUUCAGAAGGUCAUGAGUUUGUGGUGUCGCCUCCCACUGCGGAAGAGAACCCCGGCGGUGACUAUCUGACAGCGAAGAAGACGCCAUCUUCGAGCAGCCCAACUACGCGAAAAAGCGUGUUCCAGGAAGGGCAUGAUGAUGAAUAG